AUGAACACAAAUAAAUUAAAACGUUAAUAAUCAGCUUCAAUUGAAUAUUUAAUUCCAUAUGUAGGAAUUGAUAUAGGAGGAACUCUUGCGAAAUUAUGUUUUGCAUUAUAAAAAGGUUCCCCUGUAGAUUUUAAACAUAUAGAACAUUUAGCAAUUAGAUCUUAUAGUGAUUUUGAUGUCUUUUUUUAAACUUUUUAAACUAAUGAUGUUGAAUCAUUAAUAGAUUUUAUAGACUAAUUAAAUAUGAAUUUUAUUACUAAAAAAUUUUACAUAACAGGAGGUGGUGCACAUAAAUUCGAAGAAUUAUUUCAAAAAAGACUUAAAGUAGAAAUUAUAAAAGUCUAAGAAUUUGAAUCAUUAAGGAUGGGCUUUUUACUUUUAGAUUAAUUAACACCAAAUGAUACUGUUUUUACAUAUAGUAAAUAAAAAGGUCAAUAAUAUAUAGUUAAAAAUAAAAGUCUUUUCCCCUUUUUAUUAGUUAAUGUAGGAAGUGGGGUUAGUAUAAUUAAAUUUUUAGAUGAAGGGACUAUUUAAAGAGUUAAUGGAACAAGUAUUGGAGGAGGUUUUUUUUUAGGCUUAGCUCAUCUUUUGACAGGAGAAAAUAAUUUCAAUUCGUUACUUGAUAUUAGUAAUAAAGGAGAUAAUUAAAAUCUUGACUUAUAUGUAAGUGAUAUAUUUGGUUAAUCAAAUGCACCAAAGGAUAUUCAUGGAGAUGCUUUAUGUGUUUCAAUGGGUAAAAUGACUUAAAAAUUAAAAGAAGGUUAAGAUGUCAAUAAACAAGAUAUUGUUAAAAGCUUAUUAUUAAUGACUUCUUUUAAUUUGAGUUAAAUUGCAUUUAAUUAAGCGAAAUUAGAAGGGAUAUAAAAUAUUAUUUUUGCGGGUAAUUUUGUUAGAAAUCAUCCUGAUACAAUGGACUGUAUUGAUCAUGCUAUUGAUUAUUUUAAUUAAGCAUAAUCUAAAUAAAAUUAAAAUUAAGCAUUUUUUGUAAAACAUGAUGGCUUUAUUGGUGCUUUAGGCUCAUUUUAUGAUGCAUUCAAUAAAAAAGUACACGAGUCAAACGUUUGA